CCGAUUAUCGACUUUGACUUCUGCAUAUAACAGCCAACUGCGAGAUCGCAUCUGUGGUCAGUUACGAUUUGAUUGCUUGUGGUGGACAUCGAAAAACCCAAACAAACAAAAAAUGAAGAUCUUUUUCACGCUGGCUUUAGUCCUUUUCGGAGUUCUCCAUAUUGUGAGUGGUGCCGCUAGAUAUGUCGCCAACGCCAGGAAUCCAGCUUAUCCCGGAAAGUGCUACGACACGGUGACAAAAUCGACGGUCAACAAAGGCGCGACAAUCUACAAAGGCUGUGAGAAAUGGAGCUGCAGCAACGAUUACGGGCUUGAGGUUGUGGGAUGUGGUCUAGCCGUGGCCCAACAAGGGUGCAAAAUAAAGAGUGAUAGCUCUAAACGGUACCCAGAUUGCUGUCCGAAGGAAGUGUGCCCCAAGUGAAUGGAUUCUGUAAAAAAGUCUCUGUUCUGAUUUGGAAAACAUUUAAGAGCAAACAUAAAAUAAAGACAUUUCAAAUUUCAAG